CAUUCACUUUUUCUUCAAGCUUCAUGGCAUUUGCAUUCUUUUCAAAGGAAUGAUAUUUCCCAUGAAUGCCAAUUUAGUGUUUGCAAUGGUGAAUCAUCAAAAAAAAAAAAAAAAAUCAUGUUUUAAGAUACAACUUCAUACACAUUACCACUUUUAAGCAUAUUUAUGCUUUUGCAUCCUUUAUCCCUUGUUUCCCAUCCACAUUUAUUUCUUUUCUUGCAUUCCCAAAAAUGCAUGCUUUAGGAUACAACUCCAUACGCAUUAUCACUUUAGAGCAUAUGUAUCUUCCGGCAUCCUUCAUCUAUUGUUUAGCAUCCAUGUUUAUUUCUUGUCUUGCAUUCCCAUAAUCUUGUUUGAUUCUCUGCCUUCGACAAUUGAAAUAUGGAUUCAUACAUGGUCAAGUGCGAUUCUUCGUCAAUCAAGAUACCUUUUGAAAUAUUCAUCCAUGGAGAAAGUUUUGACCAACAAAGGAUUGAGGAGAUCUCCAAUUGCAAGCAUCUCUCCCCUAUCAUUCACAAUUGCCAAGUCCAAGGGGCAAGCUUAGAAGGACAAGAACCAAGACUAGCUUUGAAGAUCAAAAGUUCAAGCACAUCACACAUCAUGUUGCUCUAACAAUCAAGGGAUUCAUCAAGAAAAGGAAUGUUACUCCUCAUUAGACAAUUGUACUUUGAAAGAUCUAGGAGUCAGAUUUUACUAGGGACUUGAAUGCUACCAUGUUGAUGUACUUAGUGUGAUGUACUAGGCUUUUACUUUGUAAUGAAUGACCGUCUUUGUAAUGCAUGUUGAACUACUUGCUUUGCUAAUGAUGAAUUUGAAUACAAUGAUGCCAUUUCAAGAUUGGUAUAUGUUUCAAAUGAUCCAAAUCCAUGUCAAGGAAGAUGAUGAUGAUCUUGAUUUUUCCCAUGAACUAAUUGAUAUGUUGCAAAAUCAAAGGCCAAGUUGCAGUCAAAUGUGAUAGACUCAUACAAAAAAAAAAGAGAGAGAGAGAGAGAGAGAAUAAGGAAAUCUUGCUAACUUAAGUUGAAUGAUUGUCAUCAUUUUGAGCUUUAGAUAUCGAAAUGAUGGCAAUCAUUAGACUAAGAAUAGCAAAUCAUGAUCAAAUUCAAGAGCUAAUAGAUUCAAUGAUGAGAGACCAUGUUUGUUUAUCCUAACCACUUUACAUUGUCCUUAGUCACCCCUUUUGAGCCUUAAGAAAAGGCAAUCAUCCAA